AUGACUGUGCACGUCGCUGAAAUUCUAAAGCACGAACCAACGACCAUUGUUUAUAAAGUGUUAUGCGGAGCGCAAUUCCCCGACCUCCCAUAUGAUAUCGUCAACAUAAUUACAGACGAAUUGAAUUACUAUACUUCGGAAUGUCUUGAAAAUGGACAUGAAUUGGAUUCAUUUCACGUCCAAUCUUUAAUAGAAAACAUAAGAAAGACAGCGGAUAAGUCUCUAAUGCCUGGUUAUCCGGCAAAUAUGAGCGUAGAAACAUAUAAAACAAGGUUACUCGAGAUUUACAAAGAUUAUGAGAAAAAAGUCGAAUACUGGGACACACAGAGCUUUUUGAACGAAGAUUAUAAGGAAAGAGCAAUCAAGAAACUCAAGCAAGCGCCAAAAGGAAAGGCUCCAAAGUCUCCAGAAGAUGAAAUGAAAAAGAUUAAUUUUAACUACGAAAAAACAGAGUUUAGUAUUAAGAAAGGACGUUCUGAUGACUUGAAUGCACUCAAAGCAGCAAUGGAACGUCUUAAAAACGGUAAUCCAAACGAUCCACUUCUUAAUAACCCUCCUGUCAAUGCAAGAACUGGACUUUCUCGGAAUACAGGGCCAACUAAGCUUAAUAAGCUUAGAAUUUCUAACUCUACGCUUCCAAAAAUCGUUAGACCACAAACUCACAACAAAAUGUUGCGAAACUAG